GAAUAACAUGGAUUCCAUAUUCUAAAAUUAAAAAUUUAAAGAAAAUAGCAGAAGGAGGAUUUAGUACAAUUUAUAAAGCAACUUGGUCAAACGGUACACGUGAUAGUGAUGUUGCCAUAAAAAGAUUAAUCAAUUCACGAGGUAUCAAUAAAUAUUUUUUAAAUGAGCUAAAAUCAUUUUAUCAUUGUCAUGAUGAAUCAUAUCUUGUUAAAUGUUAUGGUAUUACACAAGAUCCUGUAACAAAAGAGUAUAUGCUUGUAAUGGAAUAUGCAUAUGGUGGAAAUUUAUACAGUUAUUUGCAAAAGAAUUUUAAAGAAAUAAAAUGGGGAAAAAAAUUAAGAAUUUUAGUGGAUAUUGCACUUGGACUUGAAAAAAUUCAUAAUAAUAAUUUUAUACAUCGUGAUAUUCAUAGUGGAAAUAUAUUAUUAAUGAUACUGGAAGACUGGAAAAUUGGAGACUUAGGAUUAUCACAACCUGCAAAUAACUCUUCAUUAAACAAUGAAAUAUAUGGAGUAAUACCUUAUAUUGCACCAGAGAUAUUUAAAGGUGGUGUAUUUUCAAAAGAAUCUGAUAUAUAUGGUUUGGGUAUGAUUAUGUGGGAACUUACAACAGGAUGUAAACCAUUUGCUAAUGUUGAGCAUAAUGUUAAUCUAAUUUAUGAAAUUAUUGAUGGAAAACGUCCUGAAAUUACAAAUGAUACUCCUGAUUGUUUUUCCAAUUUAAUGAUAAAAUGUUGGGAUUCUAAUCCUCAAAAAAGACCAACUAUUGGCAAAAUAAUUGAAAUCCUUAAUUCUUUUAACAAAUGGGGUAAUGAAUUGGAUUUUAUAACCAAAGCUUUUUUUAACAAUGGACUGUUUUAUGAACAGUGCUUUACAACUAAAAAUAGUAUUAUUGAGAAAGCAUUUAUAAAUGCUGAAGCAAAAAGAUUAGAAUUAAUACAAUUAAAGAAACUUGGACCCGAAUUUAGUAAAAAAUCUCAUCCAAAAGCAAUUUAUACAAGCAGAGCGUUAAGUUCCGUGAUUUCUGAAACUGGUAUGUUGCAAUAUAUUCGUUAUUAGUAGUAAUUAACUAUUAAUGUAAAAGACAUGAAACAUUAAUUGGACGACCUUUUA